AUGAAAUUCUCGUCAAGGGAAAUUAAAAAUGGAAGUGCUCCUCAGGCCAAAAUAGAAGUCAAAACGCGACCCCCAAGGGAACGCCACAAUAAAGACAUCCUUUUGUCGAAGCAAGUAUCCCGCAUCUUAGCAUCCCAGUAUCCCGGCAUCUUAGCAUCCCAGUAUCCCAGUCCCAGUAUCCCAUCCCGGCCAUGCUUUAGCACCCAAUAUUCGGGCAUCUCAGUAUCCCAGACAUCCCGACAGAAUCCCACAUCCCGUAUCCUAGCUAUCCCGACAUCCCAGUAUCCUAGUAUCCCGACAUCCCAGUAUCCCAGCAUCCCAGGUCCCAGAAUCCCAGUAUCCAAGACAUCCCCAGUAUCCAGUAUCCGAACAUCCAGUAUUCCAGAUCCCGACAUCCCAGUAUUCCCGACAUCCAGUAUCCUAUCCCAGUAUCCCGACAUCCCAGUAUCCGACAUUCCCAGCUCCGACAUAUCCCAGACAUCCCCCCAGUAUCCCGACAUCCCAGUAUCCCGACCCGAUAUCCCAGUAUCCCGAACAUCAGUAUCCCAGUAUCCCGACAUCCCAGUAUCCCGUCCAGUAUCCCCCAGGCAUCCCAGUAUCCCGACAUCCCCAGCUAUCCAGUAUCCCGACAUCCCAGUAUCCCGAAUCCCAGUAUCCCAGUAUCCCGACAUCCCAGUAUCCCAGUAUCCCGACAUCCCAGUAUCCCAGUAUCCCGACAUCCCCAGUAUCCUGGUAUCAUCCCGACAUCCAGUUAUCCCAACAUCCCAGGUAUCCCGAACAUCCCACUAUCCCAGCAUCCCGACAUCCCAACAUCCCAGAAUUCCCGACAUCUCAGUAUUCUCCAGUGACACUCAGGAUCCCGCAUCCCAGAUCCAGCAUCCCAGUAUCCGACAUCUAUCCCAGAUCCCAGCACCUCCCCUCCGCAUCACAGCAUCCCCUCUGUUUCCAAGCAAUCCCAGCAUCCCGACAUCCUGGUAUCCUUGCAUCCCAGCCUCCCAGCAUCCCCUUCGCAUCCCCAUCCCCAGCCUCCCAGCAUCCUAG